CAUCCGAUUCUGAGCCGCCAUUUGGUGGCCGAAAGCGGCGACGACUGGAAACGGAUCCGAUCUAUAGUGACGCCGACGUUCAGCUCCGGGAAGAUGAAGAAAAUGUAUCCAAUGAUCAGACAGUGUUUGGACGACUUCGUCACCGAAUUAGACGUUUACGCCGACAACAAAAAGGACGUCAAUAUAAAGACAAUAUUCGUCACCGAAUUAGACGUUUACGCCGACAACAAAAAGGACGUCAAUAUAAAGACAAUGUAUGGCAACUACACAAUGGAUGUGAUCUCUUGUUGCGCUUUUGCCACCAAAACUAACUCACAUAAAGAUCCAAACGAUCCGUUCAUUAUAAACGCCCAGAAAGUGUUCGCACCGGCGAUGUCUCGCAUAUUAUCGUUGCUUUUAUUGCCGGCGUUUGUGUUAAAGGCUUUAAAUAUGAGAAGUCUGGCCGAAGAGUCGGCCAACGAGUUCUUCUUCAACAUCACUCGACAUAUAAUGAAAGAGCGAAAGACAAGUAACAAGAAGUACAACGAUUUCAUCGAGUUAUUGAUGAACGUCCAGAAGGAUAGCAAUACUAAAAGCAAUGGUAAUAAUAAUAUGAAAGAUGCCAUUCAUUACGACGAUAACGAUGUCAGUGAAGCACAUCAUGUGAACGAAGGAGAGGAGGAGAAAGAAGUGGAGAGAAAGACAUUAAGCGCUAUCGAUAAGUAUAUAACCGAAGAUGAAAUCCUGGCGCAGUCGUGGGUCUUCUUUGUGGCCGGAUAUGAGACAACGGCCACAACAUUAACGUUC